UCAAAUUCGGAUCAACAAAAGUAUACGGAAUGAGUACACCUGAAAUAAAAUUUAUGAUAUUGGUUUCUUAUUGGCUGGAGAUUUUGGGAAAGAAAAUUAAGACUGAUGAAAGGGUAUGAAAAUAGAAGUGAACAUAUUAAACCAUAUUUACACGUUUAGAGGAAUCCACUCGUGUCUAUUCUGAUUGGAUAUUAAAUUGGACACGGGGUUGAUUCACACGGACAAUGCAGUUAUAUAUAUAUUACUUAUUCACUAUUUUCAACACAUAAUGAAUAUGAAUGAUUGUCAGACAACAAUGUUGUCUCCUAGCCAAAUAUCAACACAUAGUGUAAAUGAUAAAUGUAAAGCAAAAAAAUACGGUCGACAGUCUACAAUACCUCUGGAAUAUCGAGAUCAAACAAGACGAUUGAAAAAACAAAAUCUGGAACGUCGUAGACGUGCAUGUAUCUCAGAUAAAAUGAAUGCAUUACAUAAUUUAGCUAUGAAUUUAAUUGGUAAAGAUCCAACAGAAUAUCAUAAAAUUGAAAAAACCGAUAUUCUGAAUGUUUGUCACAGUGUCUUUAAAAAUGUUGUGGCUAUCGUCAACGAACAACCAGAUAUACUUGAACGUGUACAUCAACUUCGUGAUAAGUUUUACGAUAAAUUAAUCACAAAUCAUUCUAGUGGAUCAAAAAAUAAACACAAUAUCAGUAAUGAUGAGAAUAAUAACAGUAACGAGAAAUUUCAUUUAAGCAAUUAUAUUCCAUAUAAUCAUCCUUUGAAAAUAUAUUCGAAUGAUAAUUCUAAUGAUUAUGAUAUGAACAAACAAUGUAAUUCAUUAAAUACUUCCAUUCCUAAUGAUAUUUCAUCGCAAUUGACUAACCAUAAUUCAUUUCAGUAUUUCAAUGCAAAACUUCAUUCAACUCCUUUAAUUUCAAUGAAAACACUGAAAACUUCAACAGAUAAUAAUAAAAAUAUUAAAUCAGUAGUUACUACAUCAUAUUCACAGUCUCUAGACAGUGGUAUUGAAGAUGUUGAAGAUAUACAAUCAAUAAAUUGUACACAAUCAAAACAGUUAUUACAAAUGUCACAACGAAUAUCUAAACGAAACUAUUGUGAUACAAAUCAACCAGUGGAAACUGAAGCUUAUGAACAAAUAAUUGAUUUAUCUUUUAAAAAACAGAAACAGACUAAUCAUUAUCAUGAAGAGGUUCAUCAAACUAAGGAAGAACAAAAUGUUUGGAGACCAUAUUUAGAUUGAUGAGUUUAUAUUCUAUCUAGCUUAUUUUUCUAUUUCAUUUUCUCUUUAGUAACUAUAAACCGAAAGAAGUAUAUUCAACUGGAAGAAAGCAUCAAUUUAUAGUUAUUUUUAUACUUUUUGUUCAGUUUCAUUCUUAAUAAUUUCACUUUUUCUCCCAGCAACCUGCCAUAUCCAUUACUGCUUCACUCAUAAAAGAUUUCCAUAAAUAAAUAGAAUAGUAUUGAUAAAUCAACUAUUUUCUUGAAU